GGCGUGUAUGAACGUUCUCUUCCUGAUGAGUUACUUCUCUAAUCAUCACAGCUCACGGAUAUACGCGAAACAAUAACUCAACUUCUAAAUUAGGCAACCACUGGACAUGGACCCGCAUAAUUUUGGAAUCACAAUGGCUGUUGUCACUUUGUUUUGGGGAUUUGUUGGUGGAGUUGUCCCGUGGUUUAUUCCGAAAGGGCCGAACAGAGGUGUCAUCGUAACCAUGCUCGUGUUUACAGCAGUUUGCUGCUACUUGUUCUGGUUAAUAGCCAUCCUGGCCCAGUUGAACCCCUUAUUCGGACCAGCAUUGAGCAACGACACUAUUUGGUACCUGAACCAGCACUGGCCAUAGUGGAUGGCUCAUUCCACAAUAAGGACAAUAACAAAACUACAUUAGAAAGAAAGGAAGACUUCAUGAUAAUAACAGAACAAGAAACAUUUAGAGGACACAUGCUAUCAAAGUGAACUGAUUCUAAGACUUGUCUCAGAAGUAUUGUAUAUACUGUAGUCUAUACACAUAGCAUGUCCUGUGCUUCCAGAAUGGUAGGCCACACUAACAGCAAUAGCUCAAGCCAAACAAAGCUUCUUUCAUCUUCUUGUAAGUUAUACUUUUGUUUCCUUCUUGGGAGUAAUAGAUGCUAUUAUUUACUAAAAGUCUUGGCGAGCAGCCCAGGCCUUGGGAAGAUCCAAGCAGCAGUGCAUCAUACAGAUUCCUGCUGACGGACCCAAGGCCCUGCACAUGGCCCUAAACAAGUAAACAGCCCCUUCCCUCUCAUGGAAUCCUGUACAUGUUUAUCUUUGAACACUGGGACAUUCUCUCGAACAACCUUUUUUUUUUUUUUUUUUUUUUAGGUAUUUGAAUUCAUAUGUCUAGUUUAUGUUAAAUAGAGCAAAGAUACCAUGCAAAUAUUGUCAUUUAACAUAUGUAUUAUUUCUUUGCGAGCUGUUCUAAACAUCCUCUGCCAAUUUUUGCAAAAGCUUGAGAUGUUAUAUAAAAAGCUGUUAUCACAGUUUUUUUUGCCAUGUUACAGCCUGUAUCUACACUGAAAAAAAAUGUCCGUCAUUUUAACAGUAAGAGAGUAUAAAAAUGCAACAGCUAAAAAAAGUUAAUUGGUUUACGGGUAGUUUAUACUUUAAUAUAUACUGUAAAAUUUAUAAUUUAUUUAACAAGACAAUACAUGUAAUUUUACGGUAAAUUAUUGUACACAUUAUUUUUUUUUUAGAUGUAAAAAGUAUAAUUUUACUGUAUUAUUAACGAUAAAAAUUUAUAUAAUUUUUAACAAGAGAAUACAUGUACUUUAUUUUUUAAAUUUCAGUGCAAAACAAUAAUCAGGAGUUCCCAGAAGUCCCUGCGUGACCAGUCACAUUAUGUUUCUUUAUUGUGGGGUGUUUGGUGUUAUAUUUUAUAAAGUUUAGUUAAUGUUAAUUGCAUUAUUUUAGUGUCAUGAUUGUGUUUGUAUGAAUAUCACUAUGCACUUUCUACAUACAGUAUGUAUUUAUUAUUGCUUCUGGAAAGGGACACUCUUAAUGAACUUUAAGUCUUCAUGUGACCUUUUGUAAUUACUACGGUGAUUAACAAAACAUUUUAAAAUAAAAUGCAGAUUUGCAUAGUCCCAAAAGGUUAGUAUACCACAUUUAUA